AUGAUCGAGUACGGAAAGGUCGUCGAGGUCUUUCUCAACGUCAGCGAGAUUUUGGCCUUUGUAUGGAUCACUUCGAACUUUUCCGAUGCCUUCAACUCGCUUUUAGACACUUACCAGGAGAUAGGGGAACAAAUUCCUCUUCUGGAGUCCUUCAAGACGCUGUUCCAGGAUUCGGUCAAUACCCACAUGAGACAGCUGCUCGUACUCAUCUACGAAGACAUACUACGAUUUCAGUUGUUAGCUUUGCGGUAUUUUCGCAAGAAGAGUGAGAGAUGGCGACCCUUCUGA